AUGAGCAAGCCUUUAGAUGUUACUGCAUGGAUUGACUUGAAUAUUGUUGAUCAACCAUGGGGAAAAUCAUUAAGUAAACAAUUUGAUGAGAAAAAGAUAAAAUAUUUAGUGGAAACAAUGCCAAUUCCUUAUACAAUCACUUGGUCAAUAUCCACCUAUCCCGGUGCAUCAUCCUCAUCAGCAGCAGCAACGGCCAGUAAUAUUAAUGAAGAAUUUGUAUCAAACCUACUAUUGUUCAUGACAUGCGAACAAUGGUUUGAAUUUGUUCAUGUUUGUUUAAACGACAGUGGAUCUAAUGGAGGAAAAGAAUUAUUUGAUACGAUCAACAAUAACUUUUCAAUGAAAAAGUCAACAACAAUCUGUGUUGUCGGUGUUAGCUCAUUCAAUAAUCUCUGUAAAAUGUUAAAUCAAAAAAAGCCACGAUUAACUAUCAAACAAAAUGAUCUUGAAAAUGUUCUUGUUCAGUUACAAUUAUUAAAUCAAUGUGUUAUCAAAUACGUUGAGAAUGAUAACGAUUUAGCUUUGUUAGUAUUAUCUUUUACAAAGGCUGUUAGUGUUGCGCCUCAAAAACGUUUAAAAAAUCAGUCACCAUUUACAUUUCAUGUUGAUUCGAUGAAAAAGUUAAAAGCUAUUCGAAUCGAUCCUGAAAAUUCAAAUCAAUGUUUACAAUUGUUAUGGAAGCAAGUUCUACAACAAUUUCCAUUAGUGGGUAUUGAGCAAGCUCAAGCUAUUUCAAAUCAAUAUCCAACCAUACAAUCAUUAGUGAGCGCCUAUGACCAGUGUCAAACAGAAGUGGAAGCAAAACGUUUAUUGGCCGAUAUACAAGUACGUCGUGGCGCAGGAGUACUGACAACAACGAGGAAAAUUGGACCACAAUUAAGUGAAAAAAUAUGGAAAUUUUUUAAGUCAGAAAAUGGAAUGGAUCUCUUGUGA